UUGCACCGCACACUCGCAUACCGUCGCAGACCUGCGACCAGUGGGCGUCUCCACGUUAUCACUUGGACCCGGAGAAACAAGAAGAAGAGCGAGAAGGGAGCGUAGUGGCGACGUCAAGCCCUAGGUCGCACGCAACAUAUACCAUCUUAGUCGCGUGAGUUCGUUGCGUUUCGAAAAUGGCACAGAAAGCGGUCGCUGCCGCUAUGGCUCAGGGAUUUAGCUCUAAGGAGCAGAUGUUGAAGUCUCGUGCUGAUAAGAAGACAGAAUCGAAGGCAUGGAGAGCAGAGUCGCUACAGAGUGUCCAGAGGAACGGCACAUUGGCUGCUCCGCUGCAUCUUCAGAGACUGCAGGGAGCGCUCAAUUUAGCUCCUGUUAUUGCCUACGUGGAAGAUCUGUUCAGUAGACCGGUCAAACCGAGUUGUGGGGAGAGAAACGGACUCAUGAAGACACCGUUGUCCUCUGUUGAGAAAGAACUUCUUGACCAAGAGAAAAGGGUUAUCAAUGGUAGGCCGUAUAGGUUUUCAGAAGUUCAGGAGAAUGGCCGACAAUGGCUGAAGGAGCUCCUGCUGAGCGAUUCUUCAAUGUCAAGUGAUGACGACUCACUCUGCAAUGACGACCUACAAAUAUUAGUCAAUGUCCACACAAAACACAAGCAACCAGUUGAUAGAAAUCAGCUAAAAGAAUUUCAAUACUAUAGCGCAGGACUGCUGUCAACAGUUGGCAAAAUGACUGAUACUAAUGUGGACUCAGAUUUUGCUGACGCUAAGGACAACCAUUCUAGAAUGCCAUUGGUCAACCCUCAACUGGCUCAUUUUAACCAAAACCUUCAAAAGAAAGUUAAGGUGAUGAGAAAGAAGAAGCGAAAACCAUCAAUAAGCUCGUCUCCUGAAGAUGAUGUUGGCGACGACGACUAUUACCCAUACAUACAGCCUGUGUUAGGAGAUAGGAUAGCAACCGGUCCUGUGGCACUUAGUGAGUCAGACGCACGAAGGAAAAAGGUGUGGGCAUUCAUCAUAAAGAAAGAAAUUCCAAAGACUCAGAGGCAGAAAAACACUAUUCGAAACAACACAUUGAGUGCUGCAAAGAAGAUUGCUUUAUUGUGUCAAAAAGAAGUGAGGAAAAAGGCGAUAAAAUCUCAGAAAUGCAGCAAGGAUACUGUCAGCAGGGCGAGACGUCUUGCCAAGGAGAUGCUUGUAUACUGGAAGAAAUAUGAAAAGGUUGAACGUGAACACAGGAAACGAGCUGAGAAAGAAGCACUCGAGCAACGUAAACUGGAAGAUGAAAUGCGUGAGGCUCGCCGGCAGCAACGAAAACUAAAUUUUCUUAUCACACAAACAGAGCUGUAUGCUCACUUUAUGGCCAAGAAGUUGACUGGUGACAAAGAGAAUUCCAUGGACAAGAUUCUCAAGAAACUUGAUGAAGCACCGAUGCAAAUGCAAGGACCCAGAGGAUGCACCGUAACACUUGCAAAAGAUGAUUAUGAUGUGACAGCAGUGAAGUCACAAGUGAUGGCUAAUGUGCAUGAAGCAGUGCAGACUAAUGAGACAAGAACACAAACUUAUGAUGCUAUUGCUACAGGAAACAGAAACGGCAACAGCAACAUGCAACUCAAAUUUGAUGAAAACUACAGUUUAGCCAAUCCAAUGAUGGACGUUAACAACGCACCACAGCCAAGUUGUUUUGAGGGUCAACUGAAAAGUUAUCAACUGAAAGGAAUGAACUGGUUGGCUAGUUUGUAUCAUCAGGGGAUCAAUGGAAUUCUGGCUGAUGAAAUGGGCCUCGGAAAGACAGUACAAUCUAUUGCAGUGCUUGCACACUUGGCUGAGGUGCAGAAUAUAUGGGGUCCUUUCUUGGUGGUGGCUCCAGCAUCGACACUGCACAACUGGCAACAGGAAGUAUCUAGAUUUGUCCCCAUGUUCAGGGUGUUGCCGUAUUGGGGAACUCUCAAUGAGAGAAAAAUAUUAAGAAAAUACAUGACUCAGGAUAGACUAACAGCAUACACCAAAGACGCUCCAGCACACAUUGUCAUUACCAGCUACCAGAUUGUCAUAUCAGAUGUCAAGUUUUUUCAACGUUUACAAUGGCAGUAUCUUAUUCUUGAUGAGGCUCAGGCAAUCAAAAGCAGUUCAAGCAUUCGGUGGAAGAUGCUGCUCGGGUUCAAGUGUAGAAAUCGUUUGUUAUUGACAGGCACUCCCAUACAGAACACAAUGGCAGAGCUGUGGGCGUUGCUACAUUUCAUCAUGCCGACACUCUUUGAUUCACACGCCGAGUUCAAUGAAUGGUUCUCAAAGGACAUUGAAAGUCAUGCAGAGAAAAAGUCAGGCCUUGAUGAAAACCAACUAUCUCGACUACACUUGAUUCUAAAGCCCUUCAUGUUGAGACGAAUCAAGAAAGACGUUGAGAAUGAAAUGGCAGACAAGAUUGAGAUUCAAUUGACAUGUCAGAUGACUGAACGUCAGCGACGUCUGUAUCAAGGUGUGCGCAAUAGGAUAUCAAUCGAGGAGCUUCUGAGGUCAACGUCAACGACUUCGUCCGCCCAAGCAUCAAGUAACACAUUAAUGAACUUGGUUAUGCAGCUGAGAAAGGUUUGCAAUCAUCCAGAAUUGUUUGAGCGAAGAGACGUUCAGUCUCCUUUUGUUUUACGGCUGCCAGAAUAUGAGUUACCGAGGUUGCUGUUUCAUGAGGAGUUGAUUGGUGGAAUUCCACGGGAACUGAAAAGGCUUUUCUGUAAUUUGUUAAGCAUAUGGUCUACUGAGUAUAUCCACCAUUCUCUCUUUCCUUCUGAUGAACAGGAAAGGAGCUCGUGCUUUUCAUUCUUACGUUUUGUUGACGUGUCACCGAGUGAGAUAUCUGCAGCCAUGCUUUCCGGGUUGCUCACCAUACUUGUGAGUGUUGUGGCUAUGAAUGCUGCAGCAUGUCGCUUGUAUCAUGCAAGGUUGUGGGGAUCGGGUGAGACAGAAAAUCACGACGGCAUCAGAUGGAAGCUGUUGUUGGCACUAACAUCACCAUUGUCUGUGGCUGCCAUCAACAUGAGUUCAAUUCUGCAAGAUCUUGUUUUUACAAGUCACACCUCAAGUGUGACAUCUCAUGAAACUCAUACCAUUUAUCGCAGUUAUUUCAGUGCAAUGUCACAUUCAGUGGAUGUUUCUCAAAGAGUGCACACGUUGAAGAGUCCCACUCUUCAGUCUCCAAUCUGUGGAACUCUCUUUACAUUUGGUCAACGUUCUCCAACAAAGAUUUCCUCACCAACGAAAUCGGUUGCUCCGCAGUUGCCAGCAGUCACGUCAAAUUCCACAGAAUGCCUACAGGAUUUGCUUUGCGAUGACAUGCUGCCUCCAGAAAUGACCACACCCAUUGCUGUAAGGAAACUGCAACCAACCAGCCUUCCCUCAUUUUUACUGUGCUGUGUACCAAGGGCAGCUUCUGGGAUGAGAUUUCCAUUGAUUGUGGAUAGGAAUGCUGAGUACUUGAGGCAGGAGCUAAUGAGAGGUGGAACACCAGCCGAGCGGAACUUUUUGUUGACUGGCAUCUCAUUUGAGAACAGGCGGUCUCUCACAAGUCACUUACUUGUCACUAAGGUACCUCUUUAUCCGUCUCCUGCUGGUGGACUAAACGCUUGUCAACCAGAGAGAGGAUGGUCUCACAUUCAAAUUCCAGACAAAGAGCUAUUGGUGAUUGAUGCUGCCAAGUUGAAUGUUCUCGAUCGUUUGCUUUCCAAACUGAAACGAGAGAGACAUCGUGUUUUGAUUUACUGUCAAAUGACACGCAUGAUUGACUUGUUAGAGGAAUAUAUGGGCUAUCGUAAGCAUAAGUAUAUCAGACUUGAUGGCUCAUCAAAGAUUGCUGAUCGUCGAGACAUGGUGGCUGAUUUCCAGACAAGAUCAGAAAUCUUUGUGUUUUUAUUGAGUACCAGAGCUGGUGGUCUUGGAAUCAAUCUAACUGCUGCAGACACAGUGAUUUUCUAUGACAGUGACUGGAACCCUACAGUUGAUCAACAAGCAAUGGAUCGAGCACAUCGUCUUGGCCAAACGAAGCAGGUCACUGUGUAUCGUCUUGUGACGAAGGGAACAGUGGAAGAACGAAUUCUCCAACGUGCCAAAGAAAAGAGCGAGAUUCAAAAGAUGGUGAUAUCUGGUGGCCAAUUUCGUCCUGAUGCUUUGAAACCUAAGGAAGUCGUUUCACUUCUUUUGGAUGAUACUGAAAUGGAGUCGAAAUUUUUGCAGAAGCAAGCAGAACAAGAGCAAAUGAGAAAGAAGAGGCGCAAAAGACUCGUGGGAAACCAACAGCCUACCGACAGCUUGGCUGCCAAGAAACCAAAGUCAAGAACAGCAACUCUUAAAGCUGAGAGUGGAAUUGAUUCUCAGCAACCCUCACCUGCUGCUCAUUCGUAUUCUCCUAGUGUCAUGUCAUCUGUUGCAUCUAAUGAUGAUGACGAUGACGACUGUGUUGAACUUGAGAUUGACUUGAGUAUGACUGGAGAAGGACUCGAUGAUUUUGCGGGUACUACAAGUGUCCUGGGUGAUAAUGAGAGUAGCUUUAGCGAACUUCCUCUGUCUCCAAGUGCUUUGUUUAACGAACCAACUGUAGGUAAAGCAAGAGGACCAGCCGGUAGUGGCAAAGGACGAGGAGCUAGAAAGAACAGAAAACUACCAGGAACCGACAGUGGGACACCAGCAAAGAAAGCCAGGAUUACAAAACGACCGAGAGCUGGUCUUAGUGCACAAGGCCGAUCUAUGGCUGCAGCCGCAGGUGCAGCAGCUGCAACAGCUACUCUUCAAGCUACAUACAGUGAUAGAAACACAUCGACACAUGCAAGUAUUGUGACAGGUCAAAGAACAGCGGAUUCAUUUUCUACUCAAUCUGAGAUGGGAACGUUUCAUCGUGAUAACUAUCAUGCUAAUGGAAGUCCUGCUGCACAAAGCAGAGCAAUCGAGCAGAGAACUUCCUUGUGUGUGCCAGCUUCCCAACAUGGCCAAACAAGCUACCUUCCGCCAACUUGCCAAGUGCAAGGCCAAUAUCGAACCGAUCAUAUUCCUUCAUUGUACUCUAGCUAUAGAUCACAACACCAGUAAGAUUAUGGUAAUUUGGUUAACGUUGUAUUGCCUAUGUACUUGCAAAGUCUUAGACAUAUUGUCUGUAGAGUUAUAAGUUGACUCAGUAAAUAUAUGGCUGACUGAUGUGUAGUUGAUAUUAA